ACGUAAAAAUAUUGACAUGUAAAGCAUGAUAUUAAAACAAUGAUCUAUAAAGUGAUACUUAUAUAUCUAUAAUGUAACGUAAUAUGUGUGAAGUUAAACCAUUUGGAAAGUAUUUUGAAGAUGGCAAACAAGUAUCUUUUGUUUUUAUGUAUGUUUAAUACAUUCAUUGUGCCAAUUUUAUCACAGUCUUCAGACGACUUUAAGAACUUUCUUGACAGUUCUACAUACACUAGUUACAACAAAAAAAUAUUUCCAAAAGAGCAACAAACCGAAAAAUUGACGGUUUAUAUGAAGUUUUACCUAAUAGCUCUUACCAAUUUUGACGAGAUAGCAGGGCAAUUAGAGCUAGUUGGCUUUAUAGACGUCUCUUGGACAAACGAUUUGCUAACCUGGACAACAAGUACUAACCCUAUGACAGAAAUUUUGUUACCGCAGGAUAGUUUCUGGAAACCGUCUCUAGUGUUGUCUAACUCAGUAGAAUCUUUAGAAGAAUUAGGACAUACUAGUUAUAAAAUGCGGGUAAAGAGUGAUGGUAUACACACCUGGACAGUUGGUGUUGUGUCCAAGACAGGAUGUCCUGUAGAUGUAUCAUACUAUCCAUUCGACACACAGUCUUGUAAGGUGAAGUUUACGCCAUGGGGAUAUUACGACAAUCAGGUGUUUCUUGAAAAUACAACAAAUGUCAUAGACCUGACUUACUUCCAAACAAAUGUAGAAUGGGACCUAACGGCUACCACUGUCGAUCAGGAAACUUUUAAUAGUGCAGCGUAUUUAACCUACACAUUAACAAUGAAACGACGACCUGGUUAUUUUCUAAUCAAUAUGGUGAUUCCAAUCGUUAUUCUUGGGCUUUUGAACGGCUUGGUAUUUCUGUUACCAGCCGACUCCGGUGAAAGAGUUGGUUAUGCCGUCACAGCAUUCUUAACUUUUGCAGUUUUCCUCACUAUGGUUUCUGAAAAUUUACCACAAGCCUCCCAACCAAUGUCUCUUCUUUGUUAUUUCCUUACACUCAUGUUGGUUAUGAGCGCUUUAUCAACUAUUAUAACAAUUAUGACUCUGAGAGUGUACCAUCAAGACGAGUCAAUAGAGAUUCCAAAAUGGCUGAAACAUCUGACAUCGUUUCUCACUUGUCGAAAAUGUAAAAAAUGGCGUAACGAUAUGGAUCCUCCAGAAAUAGAACCUGAUCCAACAGAAGAAAUUGACAUAGAUACACCACCUAUGUACAAUUAUGACUAUGAUUUAGAUGAUAUUCAGUGGAAGACAGUGGGAGAACUUUUGGACUGGUUUUUCUUUAUUAUGUUUCUCAUUGGAACAAUAACUGUGGCAGUCUUUUUCUUAGUUCCCUUGGCGACUGCUGCUUAAUCAAAUCUAAAUAUAUACCAAUCAACAAUGAUACGAUUUGCACAAUUCAAAGAUUUGUCUUAAAUUUCACUGUAAUGGCAUUAUAAAAUAUUGUGUACAUCAUUAUCAAUUUAGAAUAUGUAUAUUUCCCAUUAAUACUCUUUUUCAUUACGUCAUCUUUCAUCUGAUAUUUGAAAAUCAAUCAUAUGAACAAGUUUUCAAUAAUUGUCAAAAAAUUUAGUUUCGAAGCUGUAAUUAGAAAGGUAUAUCAUGACUUACUGUUUUAAUCUUGUCGUUAUUCUGAACGUAUCAAAACCAGCUUCCGUUUGAACAUUUUAUAUAUCGGCAUGAUUCUAUUGUCACUGUUCAAGUACAAGAUAUUGAUAAAAUAUUUCUCUGGAACAUCGAAUUUACUGGGAGAUUUACACUCUAUAUAUAGGCGUUAUGAAAUGAUAUAUAAUAAUAAUAAAAAUGGAAACAAUGGGGAAA